AUGAAUAAGCUAAAAAUUUAUUCUGAACAUAAUCUAUCUAAUAAACAAAUUUGGUCUUUAAAGGAUUUCAUUGGAAACAGAACUAUUUCGUUUGAUAAACAUUUUCGUGAAAAUAAACAAGAAAUUACAUCUAUUUCGGUUGGAAUUUGGAAACUGAGAUCCCCAUUCAGAAGUAUCCGUCUACGGAAAGCAAUAGUAAACAAACACUAA